GACUGCACCGAAAGCUACAGCCUGGACAAUAGUUUAUUUACCAGUACAAGUUGUCUUUCUCCUCCCUCCAUUUGCACUUUACUUUCUUGAUUCCUUCGCAAUCAAUCGCUAGGCAAUCUCAGAUAUCUCAUUGGCCUACUAAUCAAGAAAUCACAUUGAAAGUCAUCCGCCUCGGCAGAGAAUAAUCUAUUUGGGGUGUAUAUUCAAGUGUGGAGAAGAGAAGAUUCAUGGAGAGAGUUGACAUUUUACUAGCUAUUCUAUGUUGAUCAAGAAAUUAUCAGAAAGUUAAAAAAAAUGUCUGAGACAAUAGCUGACCAUAUCACCGUUGAAAUUCAAGGGAUGCUAGAUGGCUUGUCCUCGACGUCUUCAAAGCCCUCAAUGUUUAGAGUUGGUGAUCGUUUACGCCGCAUGAAGCCAGAGGCUUACGAUCCAGAAAUAAUAGCCAUUGGCCCAUUUCACCGCGAGAAACCUAACUUGCAGAACAUGGAGCAACACAAACUCAGGUAUCUAAGGCUGUUUCUUCAAAGAAGAAACGAAAGUGUAAAAAGAUGUGUUACCAUAAUAAUACAACAUAAAGACAUGGCCCGGGAAUGUUGUGCUGAAGACAUCCACUUUGAUGAUGCUGAGUUCGUGAAAAUGUUGAUUCUGGAUGGUUGUUUUAUCGUUGAAUUUCUCCUCAGAUUUCAACAAGAACCUGCGGAUCGAGAUGACCCCAUUUUCCAGAAUGGACAUAUGCGAAGUCAAUUGUUUCAUGAUCUAAUGCUAUUUGAGAAUCAGAUUCCAUUUUUCAUCAUUGAUAUUUUGCUCAACAUGAACAAGACCGAUGAUGAAGACAUCGAAUCUCUAAUAAUAAGGCCUUUACUAGAAAAUAGCAUUUUCGCAGGGCUAGUGAAAGAACCUCCUAAAGUCCCUCGUAGUGCUCACCAUCUUCUUGGUAUUGUACAUCACAACCUGUGUUCUUCAUUUGCAAAUGUGGCAUCUGGAGAUGGAGAUCCACAUAACAUUGCGAAAACAAAUCCAGCUGUAGGGCUCGAGAAGGCAGGGAUUUCCUUCCAAAGGUCAGAAUAUCGUAAUUCUUUUCGUAUUGAAUUCGAAAAUAAAGUUAUGAAGAUUCCAGAAUGGAAAAUUUCUGAUUCAACAGAAACAUUGUUCCGAAAUCUGAUGGCAUAUGAGCACUACCUCACAGGCAGUCCUCAAAAAUAUGUGACGGACUAUGCAUUCUUCAUGCAUUGUCUCGUCAAAUCCCCUGAAGAUGCAAACGUGUUGCAACGUUCACACAUCAUUACGAACUUUUCGGGGAGCGAUGAAAUGAAUAAGGAAUACAUGGAUGGCAGCAUUAAAGCGAGAAUAUUUCAACAAUCCAUGGACAGCCAUUUCGGUCUUUGCUGCCUUUAUCCUGCUUGGGCUCACCCUUACAUAGACUAUAUUUGCUAUUCUCUCAUACCGUAA